AUGGCCGGCAACAAGCGCAAGGCAUCGAGCCCUCGAGGCAGCGAGAGGGACGCUCGUCGCCCUCGCCUCUCACCAACACCAACGCCGCAGACGGCGUCGUUCCCCCUCCCUGGUGCAAGCACCAUCAAUUUGCCGAUUUUGACCCACGGCAAUCGCCCACGCGCCGGAAGUGAGGAUACGGUGAUGGCCUCCGUGCCAGCAUCCAAUGCGGCACGUGAUGGACCAGCCGUGGGAGGCGAGCGCCCAACUAAGGGCGAGGAUGAGCUGGAGAGUGAGGAGGAAGAUGAUGAGGAGAGUGAGGAGGAGGAAGAGGAGAGUGAGGAGGAGGAAGAGGAGAGUGAGGAGGAGGAAGAGGAGAGCUCCGAUGAGAGCGAAUCCGAAGCACAGGACGACCUG